AUGGCUGCGGCUGUCCAGGGACCGCCUUUCUUCUCCGACUUGUCUCACGGACAAGAUGCCAGACUGCCAGAGCUCAGAGAGAUCGACUACUUCAACGAGGUCUUUCAACUCUCUGCUAACGGCACCGAGGCCUACCUUAAUACUCUAAUCGCGAAGGCGGCGAAUCUAGGCAUAUCCGUGUCACGCCCAUCUACCGCCGUGUCGGCUGCUGACAAACGCAACAUGUCCGGCGGCGAUUCCAAUAUUACCUUGGACACGAACCAUGCUCGUACCGUGUCGACCGGAUCAGAUGAUUCCACGAGCACAGCCUUGACGUCUCCCUCCUCGAACGAUGGCCAUGACUUCACUGGCAAGAUACUCACGAGGAGACGAUCGAGGGGCCUGACCUUUACGCAAUACGAGAACUACCUCGCCCAGGUCGACCCCAACCUCAACCAACCCAAGUUCCUUUCUCACCCCGCAGCCGGGUCCGAAUCUGCCGCGAGCGUCUUCAGCGUAAGCACGAGAAAGAGCUACAUGAGCCUCAAGAAAGGACUUUCAAAAAUGAGUCCGAAACGGAGGACUUUACCCUGUCCAGAAGCUCUGCUUAUCUCUUGCAGUGCUUGUCGGGAAGACCUACAACCAGACGAGACGUUCGAGAGACUUCCCUGCGGCCAUAUAUAUUGUCCGAGCUGUCUACGGAUCAUGAUAAAUCAAGCGACGACUGAAGAAUCCAAGAUGCCUCCACGAUGCUGUACGCAGCCGAUACCUGGCUCGAUCAUCAAAACCGUCCUCGCCCGCGAAGAGCAAACGAGGUUCCUCAAAGCUGUCUUGCAAUUUAGUACACCGUGGGAGGCGCGUGUCUUCUGCUCCAAGCCGACCUGCGGCGAGUUCAUUCCGCCACGCGCCAAGAUCGACCCCAAACACCCUUUUCAAGCCAUGUGUCGCAAAUGCCGCACCAAGGUGUGUGUAAUGUGCAAGAGGGAUGCUCAUCCCAUCGGCCAGGACUGUCCAGGUGAUUGGGAAUUGGAAGCGGUACUGAAGAUGGGCGAGAAGUCAGGUUGGCAGGAGGAAGCGCGCGUGGCGGCGCUCGAAGCUGAAGAGGCUGUAAGAAACGAGGCUGCGGCAAAAGAGGCAGCCAACAGAGACAGAGCCGAAGAACGGACACGAAACAGUCAAGAGUUCCAAGUAUUGCGCAUGGAACAGGUCAAAGAGAGGGAGCGUUUCCAAAUGUUCGAGCACAAGUCGAAAUGGCUUCUCUGGACACGGCACGCACAGCAAAAACUUGCUUUGGUAGAGAGACACUCCGGAGCGAUGGAAAAGAUGAAGGAACGGCAUGCGAAGACCUCGGCCAACCUCGAGGACCGGCAGGUUGCUGCCGAAAUGGAGCUGCGCUCGACAUUGGAACAGAGCGAAAGAAAUGUGCGGAUUCGCUUGAAACACAUGGAGGCGUACUGUGAGGGUCUUGGACGCAGGCCGAGUUCGGAAAUGCCAUCGCGGGUGGUUACCGAACGUGACCUGCGCGAACUCGGCCAACAAUACAACGUCGAGAAGAACAUGAAGCAGCUCCACCAGGCCAAGGUUAAUGUCAUGCGCGAUCGACAAGCAAAGGCUCUGGAGCAGUUACUCGAGAGGCAAGAGAUGGAAAUGGCCAGAAUCACCGAGAAGCACCUAAAAGAGAUUGAACAUCUCGAAUCGGAUUUUGCGGAUGAAGAGGAGAUUCUCGCGAAUACUUUCUACCAACGCAGAUACGCAAUCGGGAAACGAUGGGAACUUGAGAUGGAAAUCAUGCGCAAGGAGCUGGAGAACGAAAAGGGCCUAAGAUAUUCCGUGCUGCCUCCGCUGGAAUGGCCACGAGAGAAGGAGGCGACUGAGGACGGUCUCUCGGCUGUGGAUGAAUGA